AAUAGUCGAUGGCUGAGAUCUGCUCUAGCAGCUGUGAAAAAAUAUUGCAAUAGUUAAAGUGGAAUUCCAGGCAUAAAAAAUCAUGGCCAGCCCUCGAACUCGACGUGUUUUAGCAGAAUUGAAACCGAGCGACGAAAAUAAUAGAUGCUUUGAAUGUGGGGCACAUAACCCUCAAUGGGUUUCUGUUACAUAUGGAAUAUGGAUUUGCCUCGAAUGCUCAGGAAAGCACAGAGGUCUUGGAGUUCAUUUAUCUUUUGUACGUUCCGUUUCGAUGGAUAGAUGGAAAGAUAUUGAGUUGGAAAAGAUGAAAGCUGGGGGCAACAGGAAGGCUCGUGAAUUUUUUGAAUCUCAGCCUGACUGGGACGAUGCAAUGACUAUUUCUCAGAAAUAUAACACAAAAGCAGCUGCGCUCUAUAGGGAUAAGAUUGCUACAACUGCCAAAGGAGAACCAUGGAGUCCUUCCACUUCUAGCGCCAAAGACUUUGUGAGCAGUUCUUUUUAUGAAAGCAAACAAGAACAUAGUUCCUCCUAUCAGAGCGAUCAAGGAGGCACUUAUGAAAAUUUUAACACACCAGGUUUCAAGGCUCAAACAGAAUCAUUCUUUAACAGAAAGCAAAACGAAAAUUCAACUCGUCCUGAUCACAUUCCACCAAACCAAGGAGGAAAAUAUGGAGGGUUCGGCUACCAAAUGGAACCACCACCAAAAAGUUCUUCUCAAGAAUUUUUUGAUACUGCCGUGUCUUCCUUAGCAAGCGGCUGGUCCGUAUUUUCUUCAUCAGCGACUAAAAUAGCCAGCAAAGCCACCGAGAAUGCUAUUAAAAUUGGAGGAUUCGCUUCGCAAAAGGUUCGAGAAGGUACUCUUUUGGAAGAAGUGGGUUCACAAGUGAAUAACUUAGCUGCCAAGGUUGGAGAUUUAGGAAGGAGAGGAUGGGGCGAUAUUAGCGGGAGCAAUACUUCUGAACAGCAUCGCUACAGUACUCAAGAGAAUUAUCAAAAUUCUAACAGUUAUCAGGACAGUAUUAACAGAAACGAACAUUCCAGUGAAAAGUCGUCACUUGUCUCUGGUUCUAAUCUUAAAUCGAGUGCUUCAUCGACAAAUUCACCUGCGCACGAUUGGGAUUGGGAAUCAAAGCCACGAUCGAUUUCCGAAGCAUCUGUAGAAAGCAAAUCGUCAACAACCAGACGAGUGAAGGAAAAGCAAACUAAAGAAGAAUCGCUGAUGAAUUUCGAAAAAGAAAGUUCGGGAACAGUAUAUACUUCAAAACUAGAAGAAGAUGCUUGGGAAAUAUUGAAGGAUUAGUCCUCGUAGCUCAAAAAUUGGGAUGCGAUUUUCUUUUCAAGAGAAAUAACUUUUCUGUGGUUCAUCAAAUAUUAUAAAUAUGCUUUGAUUUUUCGCUAAUCGAACCGGUGACCGCAAGAAAUUGAAUAUUGCAUUUAUAUCGUAUUACAAAAGCCGAAAUGUACAUAAGAUUCCAUAAGAUUCUCUACUUAUCGAAUACAGAAAAAGCAACUCGAAAUGAAAUCUUUGACUUACAGUUGUAUGAAAAAUAAAGUCUGACGUUAUAUUGGAUGUUACUAGAUGUGAAAAUGUUAGUGUUUAUAGUGGAAUUUACUCCCCUGACUUUGAUCAUCGGGAAUCCUGUUUGUUUUUUUAAAUAAGGAAUACGGUUAGAAAAUUGUAUUAUUAUACUCGACCAUAAUUGUAUGUAUAUCUCCUUCAUAUUGUUUUUUAUUAUUAGUAGAGAAUAUUGACUGUGCAAUUGCAGUUAAAGAAAAAAGAAAGACAAAUAAAACUGACUUAAUACUAUGAGCAAUAGAGGAUUUAUAAAUAACACAUAGCAUUAUAUGUAAGGUAUCCAAUUGAUUAGAUAGGAAAUGAAGAAGGGGUAAUAAAUCAAUAUAAAUAUCAUAAAUUAAUUCAGUAUAAAUACGUAGUUAUGGAUAAGUAGAUAAAAAUACUGAUGUAUGAGUGGAAUUUUGAAUUUUAAACCAAUUAUUGAGAAGGAAAUUUUAGAAUAUUUUACUAUUUGAAUUAAAAUACUCUAGGGAACUAGAUUGUCUAAUUAUGGAAUGUUUUUCUGAAAAUUUUGGCGAGUUCUUAUUAAAUUGAGAACCUUAAUAUACAUAAUUAAUUGGAUGAGGUUGAAAAUUGUUUAUGGAAAUAAGGAAAGUACUGUGUCAAUGGCAAUUAUAGUUAAUUCCGUGUGGUGUAUUCUCGCAUAGUAUCCUGUUCAUUGAUCUCUUCUGGAAUAACGUGCAGUUUUAAAGUUCAGAGGCACAAAUGAGAAAUAAAUGUCAAGUAU